AUGCCUCUCCCCAACCUAACCGACCGUGAGCUCGGCCUCCUCUACGUCGUCAUCGGCGAGAUGAACGCCACCAUCGACUGGAACGUCGUCGGACCCAAAGCCAACUUCACAACUCCCAAGCAAGCCCGUGACAAGUGGGCCGUGAUCAAGAAGAAAUUGAGCACCUCUGAGAACGGCGACGAUACCGCCGCCGGCGCGACCGCGACUCCCAAGAGUUCGGCUAAGAAGACGGGGGCGAAGCGGAAGGCUGCGACUGAGGGUACCCCGUCGAAGAAGGCGAAGCAGAGCAAGACCACCGUCGCCGCGGAGGACUCGGGUGUGGGCGAUGAGGAUGACGAGGAAGCCAAGAACGUUCUGAUCAAGGCGGAGAAGCAGGAUCAGGAUCAGGCUGAGGGCGAGGGUGAGGUUUUGACUUGA